AUGCAGGAGCAGAGAUGCAAGUUUUGUGGAGACGAUUUGGUCGAAAUGUUCAAGAGACGUUGUUGCGGAGCUUCAGAAGAGCUCGUUGAUCGGCUAAGACGCGAUGUGCACAUUGACGAAUCGGACAUUUUCAAUCCCAGAUUCAUUCACACGCCUCCAGUUGAAAAGAGAAAUCUCCAAGCUUCGAGUUGGAAGGGCCAUGAUUCGAUUCACAUCGAGCGACUUUCAGAUGGAUUCAAAAUGGCGAAAUGGGAUGCCAAUCAGUUUUUAAAGACUUGGAAACAUACGGCGAUCCCGAGAGCUGGCACAGUCCGAUCGUCCCUGUACAAUGAGUGUUGUGGAGACUCCUCCUGUUCUUCUCAAAAAAUCCUCGAUUCUUCCAUCAACCAAGAAUGCUGCGGCGUCGGCUGCAGAUACGAAGAGGUUCUAGAAACCUGCGGCGCUGUUAAAUGGGUGCCAAUGAAAUAA